UGCUGCUGAUUUGCAAAGGUAGUAAAAUACUAUACUACUCCUCUAGUAAACCGAGGUAGAGAGAGAGAGAGAGAGUUUUGCAUAGCAAAACCAGCUGCCACUAGAAAACUAAUGGCGGAAAUGGUUUGCAUGACUUGUCCUAUGCUACGGUAGGAAGGAGAGAAUAUAUAUCCGAUCUAUCCUCUUACCACUCUGCUCGAUCUACGUGGUAGAAUAGAAUAGAAUCACGUAUAAACACGAGAGAGAAAAGAAAGGGCAGCGCAGAAUCGAGUCGAAUUGCUAGCAGCUAGUGAUUUUGUGAAUGGAGCUGGCACCCUUUGCAGCAGCGGCCUCCUCCUCCUGCAAGCCCAGGCUCACCUACACCCACUGUUCCAUCAGCUUCUUCUUCGCCCCUCGGGCUCGCAGCUGGAUCCGUGCGGCGGCUGAGGGCCAGGGCCAUGGCGACCAACGGAGGAGCGGCCGCCUGGCUGCCGAUGGCCCCAGGGUCGUCGAGGUCGCCGCCCCACCUGUCACCCCCGUGGUCACCGGCAGUGGCGGGGGCUUCGCAGCCCGAGACGCGGAGCUGGCCAUGUGGGAGAGGCUGGGAGCGGUUGUCAGGCUCACCUAUGGCAUUGGGAUUUAUGCUGCCAUGGCACUGACUGGGAGAUUCAUAUGCCAGAUGGCUGGAAUAGACUGCACGGGGGGCUUCCAUCCAUCUCUCUCUGCACUUGUUGACGGACUCGGAUACGCAGCUCCGCCAAUCAUGGCUUUGCUGUUCAUCCUCGACGAUGAAGUUGUCAAAUAUUCACCUCAUGCUCGCGCCAUCAGGGAUGUGGAGGAUGAGGAGCUUCGCAGCUUCUUCUAUGGCAUGUCACCAUGGCAGUUCAUUCUCAUUGUAACUGCUAGCUCAAUUGGAGAGGAACUAUUCUAUCGUGUUGCCGUCCAGGGUGCGUUGGCGGAUAUUUUUCUGAGAGGCACAGAGCUUAUGAAAGAUGCUCGAGGGAUUGCAUCACUGAGCGGCAUGGUGCCUCCAUUUGUUCCGUUUGCUCAAACGUUUGCAGCAGCCAUCACUGCGGCUCUUACAGGAUCGCUCUAUUACGUGGCUACUGCUCCAAAAGAUCCUACCUACGUGGUGACACCAGCAAUGCGUUCAAACACUGGGCGGGAGAAUCUCAAAAAACUAUUUGCAGCUUGGUACGAAAGGAGGAAAAUGAGGAAGAUAUAUUCCCCUCUUCUCGAAGGAAUCUUGGCUUUCUACCUUGGCUUUGAGUGGAUACAGACCGAUAAUAUUCUUGCACCUAUGAUCACCCACGGCAUAUACUCUGCCGUUGUUCUUGGUCAUGGAUUGUGGAAAAUACAUGACCACAGGAGAAGGCUACGGCAAAGGAUUCAGGAAAUCAGACGGGAAGGGACAAAUUGAGACACGUCGUAAAAGAUCAGAUAGCUAGCUAGCACCACUUUUUGUCAUGGAUGGCAAAACGGGAUGAUCAGAUCACAACACCCUUGUACAAUACACCCGACAAAUUUUGAUGAUAGGCACGUACGUAGAAGAUAGAAGAUUAAGUCAACAUGUACAUAAAAAUGUAGUAUACAUAUAGCAGCAAUAUUUACUACAGAUAUUUGUGGCUUCGAGCAAACGAAACUAAUGAGCACCUGUGUUAGAUA